GUUGCUUUCCGGCAGCGUGGCGGAACCACCCCGUCGUUUCGCGUCGUUUCGCGCCGUUUGGCGCCGUUGGUGACGCCUGCGCGCAGCGCCGGACGGCAGUAUGGCCGGCAUGGCGUCGCCCUUCAGCGGGGCGCUGCAGCUGACAGACUUGGACGACUUCAUAGGGCCGUCUCAGGACUGCAUCAAGCCCAUGAAGAUCGAUAAGAAGCUGGGAAGUGGCGUGGCCAAGAUCCACAUUGAAGAUGAUGGGAGUUACUUCCAAGUGAGUCAGGACGGAGGGACACGGAAGCUGGAAAGGGCCAAAAUCUCACUGGACGACUGUCUGGCAUGCAGUGGCUGUGUCACCUCAGCAGAGACCGUGCUCAUCACUCAGCAGAGCCAUGAGGAGCUGCGGAAGAUUCUAGAUGCCAAUAAGACAGUGGCUCCUGGUCAGCAGAAGCUGGUUGUCAUUUCAGUCUCACCCCAAUCCAGCGCAUCGCUGGCUGCAAGAUUCCAGUUGAAUCCUACAGACACCGCCAAGAAGUUAACUGCAUUCUUUAAAAAACUAGGGGCGCACUACGUGUUUGAUACCGCCUUCUCGAGGAACUUCAGCCUCCUGGAGAGCCAGCGAGAGUUUGUGAAGCGAUUCCGAGAACAGGCCAACUCCAAGCAGGCCUUGCCCAUGCUGGCUUCUGCCUGCCCAGGCUGGAUCUGCUACGCCGAGAAGACCCAUGGGAGCGCCGUCAUCCCCUACAUCAGCACCGCCAGGUCCCCGCAGCAGGUCAUGGGCUCCCUGGUCAAGGACUUCUUCGCCCAGCUGCAGCAUGUGACCCCCGACAAGAUCUACCACGUGACAGUGAUGCCCUGCUAUGACAAAAAGCUGGAAGCGUCCAGGCCUGACUUUUUUAGCCAGGAGCACCAGACGCGAGAGGUGGACUGUGUCAUCACGACAGGAGAAGUUUCCAAGUUGCUGGAAGAAGAAGGGGUCUCACUAUCAGAACUGGAGCCAGCCCCCCUGGACAGUGUGUUCAGCAGCGUGUCUGUGCAGGAGCCCACCAGCCAUCGAGGCGGGGGCUCGGGGGGCUACCUGGAGCACGUGUUCCGGCAUGCAGCCCAAGAGCUCUUUGGAAUCCACGUGGAUGAGGUCACCUACAAACCCCUGAGGAACAAGGAUUUCCAGGAGGUGACGCUGGAGAGUGAAGGCCGAGUCCUGCUGCACUUUGCUGCGGCCUACGGCUUCCGUAACAUCCAGAACCUGGUGCAGAAGCUCAAGCGAGGGCGCUGCCCGUAUCAUUAUGUGGAGGUCAUGGCCUGCCCCUCAGGUUGCUUGAACGGCGGAGGCCAGCUCAAGGCCCCCGAGAUGCCCAGCAAGGAGCUCCUCCAGCAUGUUGAGAAGCUGUACAGCAUGGUCAGGACGGAGGCACCAGAGGAUGUGCCUGGGGUCCGGGAGCUGUACGAGCACUGGCUGCGUGGGGAGGGCUCGGAGCGCGCCAGCAGCCUGCUGCACACGAGCUACCACGCAGUGGAGAAGGCCAGCUCUGGCCUCAGCAUCCGGUGGUAGAAGGCUCACCAUGGCCAGUGCCAGGACCUCAGGACCCAAGGCUUUGCCCCCAAAGUGGUGGGUGAGCUGCGAGGAUGUACUGGAACCCACACAGAGAUGGGACUCAGGACCACAGCCAGUGAAGAUGCCUUCCAGCCUGCACUCACCUGGGCUCCCCAGCACAGGCCAGUUUCCGUAGGGUACUGACCCUCUCCACAGGCCCAUGGCCACGGCAGUGCCCUCGUCUUCCUGGUUGUGGUGAGCCAAGUGUGGGAGGGUUUCAGCCAGUCCCAUGAGGAGCUUAAGGCAGAGUAAAAGUGGAGUUUCACCUGACCCAUGUGGCUCAGCUGUUGAGCAUCAACCAAUGAACAAAUGAUCAUGGUUUGAUUCCGGUCAGGGCACAUGCCCAGGUUGCAGGACUGAUCCCCAGCAGGGGGCAUUCAGGAGGCAACCAGUCAAUGAUUCUCAUCGAUAUUUCUCUCACUCUCCUUCUCUGAAAUCAAUAAAAAAAUAUAUAUUUUUAAAGUGAGGUUUCUUUCCCCCAUUUCUAGAGUUAAGUCCUGAAGCUCAGGUAGGGAUGGGCCAGGCCUGCCCAGGUUAAGCUUACAGCCCAGCAUGGGGCCCUAUUGCACUUGGUAGCAAAGUACACUGGCAGGAGAGCAGCACCCAGCCCAUGACACCCCCUGCUGGGGAAGCGGUGCCCACUGCACCUGGACCUGGGUGUUUACUUUAAGGAAGCUGUGGUUCUAGGGCCUGGGAACCUAUGUUCUCCACUGCUGGGUCCCCACUUAAAGGGGGAAGGAAGGAAGGGAGAAAACACACUGGGCUCUGCCUGUAGGCCCGACCCCACUAUAAUAAAGGACUUCCCUCUGAAAACA